CCCGCCCGCUUGCAAUUAGAGAAACUUCAGGACCAGAAACCAGAGUGUCACUUGGAGUGGCCUAAACAACAAAAUGGACAAGUUUAGCUGGCGUACUCUAAUUGUGUUUCUCUUCUCUCUGAUAGAACUAUGCACAUCUCAAGCACCCUCCCUAGCUCGAGCUCUCCUGCCUAGCUACAGGGUUAACCCCUCCACCUCGCCAUUCUUCCCGUACUGCUCGUUUAAUGGUGACCCCACACCACAAAUUUCAUGGAGCUUUGAAGGACAAAUGUUGCCCACGGACAGUUCUCAGGGAGGUCCCUAUUACAUCCCAGCCACGGGAGUCCUGGUGCUUAGUGGAGCCAGCUCCGGCAUGUACACGUGUACAGGAAUGAAUCAGCUUGGGAUGGACAGUCAAACCAUCACCAUCACUAUAGUCGGACAGAUCACAACCGCCCCCUGGUAUUUGAUGCCAUACAUGUGGUUCGUGUAUAUAUUGAUUGUCUGGGCCAUCUGUGUCGUUCUCAUGGUUCUUCUGUUCUGCUACAAGAAGAAACCUGUAGACAGACGACUAUACGUAUACCCGUCUCUGCCUACGCGCGCCUCGGGUAUAAAAAGUCCAGACACUUGGGACGAUAUGCCUUCCGAUUCUCCGGUUGUCUGUGUCGACCUCAAACCAGAUGGUAUUGAAUACAAUGAAGUGUUAGUUGCUUUCAACAAGUCCAUGUCCAAGGGUAAUAACUACACUGACAUUGUCAGGAUACAGCGAAUACAGAACCCAAAGUUGUAUAGCUCGUAUGCACAAGCAAAAGAGCAAAUGAGUAAAACCAAUCCACCGAACCAUCAAAACGAACGUCAACUUUUCCAUGGCACAGAUAUUUCCAGUGUAAAUCGCAUCAAUACAAACGGUUUUAAUCGAACUUUUGCUGGAAAACAUGCUAAGGUAUAUGGAGUGGGUACAUAUUUUGCCAGAGAUGCUUCCUACUCAGCCAGCUCAACAUACUCCCAGCCUGAUAGCAAGGAUCAAAAGUACAUCUAUUUGGCAAGAGCGCUAGUUGGUGAAUACACAGUAGGCAGUAGCAGCAUGGAGGUCCCCCCAGCAAAAGACCCACAAAAAAACGUAAAUGUGCUCUUUGACUCACUAGUCAACAAUACCUCGGACCCAACAAUCUUUGUUGUUGGACCAGACGCUCACUCCUACCCCGAGUAUUUGAUUACUUUCAAAGGGUAGAAGAACUAUGCACAACUGUAUACAUGACAUUAAUUUUUUGUGUGAAGUUAUUUUAGCAGUAUAGUUUUGACGGUAGUUUGAUUUUUAGUAUACAGGUACAUAUCUAUAUAAUUAUACGCAACAUUAUUGCUGUGACUGUUUUCCCCGACCGGCUUUGUUGUUCCGGUGUUUCAAUUAUUUAAACAUAAAAUUGGUAGUGUAGAUCAUGUAAUUUUGUUCUCCCCAUCGGUUUUUUUGUGUCCGGUAUUGUUUUUCAUGUGUGUUGAAAGAUAUAAUAAUAUUUGUACGUGCUGAA